CGCUGCUAAGGGAGGGGCCAUACAACCUCGACUGGAACUAAACGUGGUACUGGAAGAGCAUGGAUCAAAGAGGAAAUCCAUCAUGUGCCCUCAAUGCCUCUGAAAGUUUUUCUCCCUGUUGAUUUCCUUGAUUUGCUUUCUUUCCCAAUUCCCUUUCGCUUUCCCUCUUUCUCUUUCGUUACCCCUCUGCCAACGUUCUAUCGUAACAUAAAAUAGAGGCACAAGCUUCCAUACUAUUUCUGUGUGCCGGUAACUAGUUCCCAACUCUUCUCCUGGGUCACCCUCGCACAACGCCCAUAGCGGUCCAAUUCUUGUCCGUUCUUCUCGUCUGACUGAACAGUAGGACAGAGAUCCUAAAUCCGAUCUUGGCAUUCGUCUUACGAGGAAGCAAUCACCAUGGAGCCAAAAACAGGGAUGGAGCCCAAGGUCGAUGUCCCACCCGAAAAGGCCCCUGGCUCCCUUGAAGCAGUGGCCUUGGAUGCAAUCUCCGCAGGGAAGAGUCGCUGGGAACGCAGUUGGCCCACAAUUGCUUGUGGUGCUGGUCUAUUCUCCGACGGUUAUCUCAAUGGGAUAAUUGGACCAGUCAAUACCAUUCUCAAGAGGCUCUACCCUAAAGAAUAUGCCGACUCUCCUGCCAGCCAGAAUGUUUCUUCCAUCACUUUCGCCGGCACUGUGGUCGGUAUGCUUAUAUUUGGAUACACCAGUGAUCACUGGUCGCGAAAAUGGUCUCUUAUGAUUUCCACGAUCAUUUUGUUUAUCUUCGCCGCCUUAUGUGCUGGGGCCUAUGGAUAUAAUAAUAGCCAUUAUGGCCUAUUUGCCGCUCUCACGGCAUAUCGUUUCUUCCUGGGGAUUGGAAUCGGCGGCGAAUACCCUGCAGGAUCUGUUGCAGCGGCGGAGAACACCGGUGAACUCAAGCAAGGCCAUCGAAACCGAUGGUUUGUGAUGUUCACUAAUUUUCAGAUUGACUUCGCCUACGUUGUAUCAGCCUUGGUUUCCAUGAUUUUGGUCUUGAUCUUUACCGAGAACCAUCUACGUGCGGUGUGGCGUAUUGCAUUGGGACUUGGGGUCAUCCCACCUCUUAGUCUGAUCUAUCUUCGCUUGAAGCUGGAGGAACCCGAAGAGUUUAACCGGGAGCGCAUGCACAGCUUCCCUCUUUGGUUGAUUAUCAAGUUCUACUGGAAGCGUCUGUUUGUGUGCUCAUUGAUCUGGUUUCUCUAUGAUUUUUCUUCCUAUUCCUUUAGCAUCUACUCGUCCGACUGGAUCGCGAUCAUUCUGGGUGACUCUGCUCCUCUCUGGAAGAGCUUCGGCUGGACCACACUGACCUAUUCAUUUUACAUCCCCGGAUCCUUUUUGGGAGCCUUGGCAAGUGAUUGGAUGGGACCACGCAACACUUUGGCACUUGGCGUCCUGCUUCAGGGCAUUGUCGGAUUCAUCAUGUCUGGCUGCUAUGAGUAUCUAUCAACGGCGAAGAACGUUGCGGCAUUUGUUGUGGUAUUCGGCAUCUUCUCGAGUCUUGGUGAGUUUGGUCCUGGUGACAAUAUUGGACUCUGCUGUGCCAAGAGCAGCGCAACUGCUGUUCGUGGCCAAUUCUAUGCCAUAGCUGCAGCCGCCGGCAAGAUAGGCGCAUUUGUUGGCACCUAUGUGAUCCCGAUCAUCCAGAACAACGCACCUAAUAAGGUCCGCUCCGGUCAGGACCCGUUCUUUGUCUCCAGCUCAUUGUGCAUUUUCAGUGCUGCAUUGGCCUUUUUCCUUCUACCGAACAUCGGCCAGGACACUAUCACGUACGAGGAUGCAAAGUUCCGUGCUUACCUUGAAGCCCACGGUUACGAUACCUCUUCCAUGGGCAAUUCAGAGGAGCGAUAGUCGAUGUCUCCUACUACCCACGCGCCAUACGGAUCUGCCCAAGCAAUGUGGGCACUGUUUCUUCGGCCAACACCGACCUAAUAGUGCCAACCCUUUCUGAACCCGAGCGACACCCUAAUCUAGGACGGACAGCCCUUGCAACAUCGAGUAACAAGCCCAAGCAGCGAAAGCGAUCACCAAGAGUCUCAGCCGGAGAAGAGCAUGCCCAAGCGACGCCGAGAAGAUAAUUUGCCCAGAAGCGCGAUUUUGGUAACAGAUAUUUCAAUUCCACCGAGCUGACCCUUGAAAUGGUAUGCUCUGGUUAUAAGUUGGUGGUGUGCGUGUAAAGAGGUGACGGCUAUUAUGUUAGUGAUGUAGCCUAUGAUAGAAGAAAGAAAAGAAUUUUUGACAGCCAAUGGGAGCCUUGGAGAGCGGACGCGGAGAGAGUGGAAUCUUGUGAUUGACGGCACGGGGAAAGAGGCGCGAGC